UUAUCCUCUCUCUCUCUCUCUCUCUCUCUCUCUCUCUCUCUCUCUCUCUCUCUCUCUCUCUCUCUCUCUGUGAUUUCUCAGAAAAAUGGCGCUGAGAUCGCUCGACAAUGCUCUUCCGAUUACUCCAGAGAGGCCCAAAAAGCAAGCCAAGGUCGCUAUCUCUCUCCUGAAACCCCCUCGGCCGCUGGCCACUGUGAACGACGAGAACAGGGCCCCACUGCCUCCGCCUCCAUCUGGAGAUUCCGCCGUCGAGUACGUCUCCUCGGAGAGUCUUGCAGCAAUUCCCGAUCCCGCGUCGAAGAUCCACUGCUUGAUCGAGGGUUUGGAGUCGAAGGAUUGGAUACAGGUCUGCGAUUGGCUGAAUAAUGCUCGCCGGUUCGCAUUGUACAAUUCUGACCUCAUGCUUCCUCUGUUGGAAAAGGUGAUGCUGGUUCUGGUGAAGGCCAUGAAGAACCCCAGAAGUGCUUUGUGUAAGACCUCCAUCAUGGCGGCAUCUGAUUUCUUCAUUGCGUACGGCGAUAAGCUACUUGAUGCAGCUAAUUCCAAUGCUCUUGACCAAAUGCUGCUGCAGCUGUUACUGAAGGCAUCACAGGACAAGCGGUUUGUGUGCGAAGAAGCGGACCGAGCGCUGAGCGUAAUGGUGGGCUCGCUGACUCCUCUGCCUCUUCUCCAGAAACUCCGGCCCUAUGUCAGCCACUUCAAUCUCCGAGUCCGGGCAAAAGCUGCUGUUUCCAUCUCCAACUGUGUCUCCAAGAUGGGCCUAGAGAAUAUGAAAGAAUUCGGGUUGGCAUUGCUUCUUCAAAUGGCUGUGGAGUUGUUGAAUGAUAGGCUGCCAGAGGCGAGAGAGGCGGCGAGAAGCAUUGUGGUUUCGAUGUAUGAGUGUGUCACAGAGAACCAAGACCAGAAGCAGGAAUCUUGGCAAAGCUUUUGCCAGAUCAGUUUACCUCCUGCUCAUGUUCAGUCCAUGAUCAAGAUUGUAUCCUCUCAGGAGUAGGGUAGGGUCAGGGAGAGAAGCAGCAGUAGCCGAUGUGUAAUAGGAGCAGUAGGCCUAGUGGUCAUACGUCCUGAUUUAAGGUUCAUCAUGUAAAUUAGCAUUUACAUGAUUGUCUUCUUCGCUUGUAUAAUUUAAGAUUAUGGAAUACUAGUAGUGUUUGCCAUGGGAA